AUGUUCGCAGCCAAAAGCGCCCGAGUUUGGGCUUUUGUUCGCUGGCCACCAACAAAGCGCCUCCGUACGGCCGUCUUGGAGACAGCUUCGCAAAGGUUGGCAGCAGAACGCGCCCUUCAUAGGUCCGGCAGGGCUGCUGCAGCACCGUUCAAGCAUCCAACCAUAAGCGACUCCUGUGGCUGGCGUGCCAGCCAUGCCAUGGAAACCCGCGACCGUUCGUCUCAUCUCGCCUUUUCUCCUCUCGCGGGCCACCGCAAAGCAGGCAAAAACGGGGGCGGCCAGGUCUCGAUGCAAGGUCGGUGGAAACAGCAAGGCAUCUUGUCCAUUCAGGGCUCAGAAGACGCGCCCAGCAGGCAUUUGCAACAGGCAACACGGCCUGGCCGUCCAUACCGCGACGAGCCCACACCACCAGUUCCCAACUGUCGGGUUCGCGCUUUGCCUGGAGCAGAAGCAGCUGCAUCACAAACCCUGGAGGGGGCAAAAAGAAGAGGCGAGGAGGUGAGAGCAAGCUGGCCACAGCAUGAAAUUGCGGUGCGAGGCCAUGCGUGGGCCGAGGGUGCACAGAAUGGGAGAGAAGCAGAGGCGGAAGCAGAUGGUGAUGGCGAUGGAGAGGGCGAAAAGGAAGAGAAAGCGGUUAAGCCGCAGACUGUACCAUAUCAGCUGUCUGGUAUGUGA